AUGAAUCUGUUCAUAGCACUGCUUUUGGUAGCGACCGCCUUUGCAACCAGCGUGAAUCUACGUGACGAACAUAGUCACGGAGACCGUAUUGCGGCUGCAACCGCACCGGACGCGUAUUUUGCCAGCUCUGGCAAGCUAUACACUGGACACGGACCUGAAGGCUGGAAUGCUACGACACUUAGAACAAUCAAGAAUUCAACAGCAGCAGCUAGCUCUGUCGAGCGAGCAUCUGCCCUAGUCUCCCCCUCGACUGUUGGUAAUCGAAACAAGCGUGACGAGAAACCCAUUGUCAUCACUGCAACGAUCAAUGGUAAGGUGGUUUCGUGGGAGACCGAUCCUGAGAACCUUUUAGCAGCACCUGCGGCACCUGCAAUGGCAGAAGGACUAGCCUCGUCUAGCGUUAUCCCAGUGAAGUUACAAGCCUCUGCGUACCCCAUCUCAAGUCCAUUUCAAGGUGCCAUACCAGAAGCGGCUGUACAGACGGCCUCAACAGCCACAGGAAUUCCCUGGCCUUUUCCCAUUGGUCCAGAGCAGGGUAGCAGUCCAGAGGGCUUCUCUUCGCCAACAUCAAGCUCAUUCAGGUCAACAGCUUCUCCACCUUGUAAUGAGAAACAAGUAGCAUCUCUAGUCGACUUUGAUGAUUUACCGCAAUUCACAGUCUCAGAUGAUCCAAACGACCAAGACGUUCCACCUAUAUUCAACCCAUAUCGGAAACUAUAUUUUGACGAUCACUUUGGGUAUGUGCCGCCGCCUUCAGACCCGUACCCACCACGAUCAUCACCUCAGCUCGCCGUAUAUCGGGUAUCAGGUACAGCUACGGACGGGUCUCCUAACGCAGGGCUUGUGACAGGCGGAUUCGGAGCUGGACCUCGUGCCGCGGAUAAUUCAUAUUGGUACGUUAAGUCUUCAAAUUCAACUCCUCGAGGAAUCCAGGUCGUUGGCCCUCGAGACAUGGUUCAAGGCUCUUUCUUCGACCCGAAAUGUUAUGACUGA